UUUAUUCCAAAAACUCCAAACCAUAUACAUUGUAAAUUACACAAACAAAUUUAUCUCCUUCUUUUUGGGGUUUCAUUCAGCCAUUUGGGAUCUAACUAAAAUUAGGGUUUGUAAUUAUAUAUUAUUAUUAUUAUAUAUAAAUGGCUCAAAAUGUGGAGGGAGGGAUUAACGCAGCUUUACUUGAUGACAUCAUCAACCGAUUGUUAGAAUUCCGGCAAGCCAGAACGGCACGGCAGGUUCAGCUAUCGGAAGCAGAGAUCCGAUUACUUUGUACAACUUCUCGUGAAAUCUUCCUCAAUCAACCUAAUUUGUUAGAACUCGAAGCUCCUAUUAAGAUCUGCGGUGAUAUACAUGGGCAAUACGGCGAUCUAUUAAGGUUAUUUGAAUAUGGUGGAUUUCCUCCGGAGUCAAAUUAUUUAUUUUUAGGUGAUUAUGUGGACCGUGGCAAACAAAGUCUGGAAACCAUAUGUCUUUUGCUCGCCUACAAAAUCAAAUAUCCCGAGAACUUCUUCCUUUUGAGAGGAAACCAUGAAUGUGCUUCUAUCAACAGAAUAUAUGGAUUUUAUGAUGAAUGUAAACGCCGUUUCAAUGUCCGACUUUGGAAAACUUUCACCGAUUGUUUUAAUUGUCUUCCUGUGGCUGCUCUUAUAGAUGACAAAAUACUCUGCAUGCAUGGAGGUCUUUCUCCUGAUCUAACUAAUCUUGACCAGAUAAGGAACUUGACCCGGCCCACUGAUGUUCCGGAUUCUGGUUUGCUUUGUGAUCUACUUUGGUCUGACCCUAGUAGGGAUGCUAAGGGCUGGGGGAUGAAUGAUAGGGGGGUGUCCUACACCUUUGGCCCUGAUAAGGUGGCCGAGUUCUUGAUGCAGCAUGAUAUGGAUCUUAUUUGCCGUGCUCAUCAGGUUGUAGAAGAUGGAUAUGAGUUUUUUGCUGAGAGACAGCUUGUUACGAUAUUCUCUGCCCCGAAUUAUUGUGGUGAAUUUGAUAAUGCCGGUACAAUGAUGAGUGUUGAUGAAAGUUUAAUGUGUUCUUUUCAAAUUUUGAAGCCAGCUGAGAGAAAGCCUAGAUUUCUAUGACUUACCAAGGCUUGAUUACUAUGCAAACCCUACAAUUUUAAGCCUAGAAUGUUGCAGAACCCAUUGGCUAUGAGAGGCAGGAAAACAUUCAUGAAGAUUCUGAUGUUAAGAAGAUAGUUAAUGUUUUGUGAUAUGAAGGCUGCCUUGGAUGUUGGCUAUGACGACUUGCUAGUUAAUUAAUUCUAUGAUUAUUGUUGUGAAAAAUAUCUUGAUUCUAAUCUCUUGGCAUGCGAUUUACAGUGACAUGUAAAUACAUUUGGCUUUGUAAAUCGCAUUGUCAUUUUAGUGUACCGCUUUUGACGCUGCAAAAUAUCUAUUUUAAUUGUGGUUGAUCAGUAUGUUUGACCUUUU